GGCGAGUGUUUUCGGGGGCCCUUCCGUGAGGAGGAACACACAAGGACGGAGCGGAUAUUCGCGGAUGUUUGAAUGACACGAACCAUCAAUUAUUGGGGGGAUUUUUCCAUAUGUGUGGAGCGUUCCGGAGUGUCCAUCCAUUGUUAUGGACUCCUGAUAAUGUAAAGAACCAGACUGAGGGGGCACCCUCCAGGGCUGUAGCGUCUCUGCAUCUGAGAGUAUGUUCUAGUGUGGACCCUUCACAGCAACCAUGAAAGGCUUAGGGGCCAACCGUAGCCGACAUCUCUCAGAUACCUGCGACCCCACUGCAGGUCCCCAGGAGCCCUUGUGUCCCCUGGCCCCGGACCCCCAUGUCACCUACAUCCUGAGCCCCACCAUCAAUCAUUAUGGCACUCUGGAUCCUCAUCUGCAACACUUUCCAGUUUCCACCACCACAUCCCUGCAGUCAGAAUACCUGCUGCCCCUAAACAAUCAGCUGACGAACAGCAGCACCUUCCCUCGACUCCAUUACACCACCCAACCGGAUCAGAGCGAGUACACGCAGGGAUGUGUGACUCAGACAAGCAGUCGUUCGGGCACCCUCACCUCCUCUAUGUCUAUGGGCAUGGGUCUCGGCCUGGGACUGAACGCUCCUGCCAUGAUCACCAGUGGCACUGCUACCAUCUCGUCAGCGGCUGCUGCAAAGAUGAACCGGAUUCCAGCCAACCUCCUCGACCAGCUGGAACGGCACCUGCCACUCCAGCGAGAUGGCUUCAGCACGCUGCAGUUCCACCAGCGCAGUCGCGGCUCCAAGCAGCGUAGCGAGAGUCCAAGCCGCAUCCGCAACCUAGUGCAGUCCGUGCAGAAACUCUUCGCUAAGUCGCAGUCUUUGGAGGUGUCGGCGGUCAAAGGGAGCAUUACUACAGGUCAAGGUGGGGAAACCGCCAAGACGACCCGACGAAGCAAAAGCAAAGACCGUGCAAAGACAGAGGGCAACAAACGACGACCACGGCCCAGCCUCUCAGGAUUCUGGAGCUCGGACGACGGCUUAGAUGAUGAGCCAACGACUCAGCCCACCGUCGGUCCAUUAGCAGUGGCGUAUCGUAACCCAUUGAGUAUGAUGACGCUGGGGAGAGCUGUGUCGGACAGUCAGGCAGCACCCAGAACACACCCACAGGGAUACAACACCAUCGCAGCACACCCGCUAAAAUCGUCCAAGAGCAGCGGCGAUCUGAAGCCACAGUUAGUGCCAGCACCCUCCAGUGGCCAAACAGGGGACAACACGCUGGUGAAGAGAGGCUCCUGGUCAACAUUGACCCUCAGUCAGGCCAGACAGGUGCUUCAGAAGGGCUCAGCCACUGUGAAUCGGACCCUGCUCAAGUCCAAGUCAUGCCAUGGUCAGGAGAUGACCUGCAACUUUCUACAGGUGCCUAAGGGUGAGUCAAGUGGGACGCUGGGUAAGACAGGGGCUGCAGGCGAGAUCCCGUGCAGGAGAAUGCGCAGCGGCAGUUACGUUAAAGCCAUGGGAGACACGGAGGACAGUGAUGAUUCAGACAGCCCACCCUCACCGAAACCCUCGCCUAAGACCACCGCCAGACGACAGAGUUACCUGAAGGCCACACAGCGCUCUCUGAGCGAACAGCAGCCGCCACUACCGCCACGCAUCUGUAUGCCGUCUCUAUGCGAGGUCGCCACCAAUCGCAGUAUGGAUGACUUGGACUGUUUGAUGGCACCGAGUGAGGCGGUCCUGCAGCACUGGGAUGCAGAUGUGGGAUUCAUUCAGGGCUGUGCAUCACUGGGACGAGGGACUACCAUGAGCCAGGUGGACCAGGGUUACCUGAGCAGCACGGUUUACAGGCAGGUGGACUCUCAGGCAGUGAGGGCUUUGGAUCUGCCCAUGCCCACCUGCUUCAGGUCUCGAAGCCACAGCUACCUGCGGGCGAUUCAGGCCGGCUGCUCUCAAGACGACGACACGGGCUCCGUGGACUCCGAUGAAAGUCUGCCCACAACAGCAUCCAUCAGUUGCUAUAAAAACAACACCGUUGCCUAUAAGAAGGCUCCACCACCUAUUCCUCCACGUACAACCUCGAAACCCUAUAUCUCUGUAACGGUCCAGAGCAGCACCGAAUCCGCACAGGACACGUACUUGGACAGUCAGGACCAGCGCAGCGAGGUCAACAGCCAAUCAGGACGCAGCAAUUCUUCCGACAGCCUCGCCAGCUCUCGUACAGGAAGUUUGGUGAAGUGUGCCAAGCGGCCACCCAUCCUGCCCCCCAUCCCAGCCCCGAGGGAACCCGUACCCCUGCCCAGCGCGAGAGUUACCACCCCGCCUCCUGCUGUUGUUCCACCCUUUCCCGCCCCAGAUGUUAAAAAUGAGCCAGUGAGACUGACGGUGGCAGCUAACGAAGCACAAGCUCCGCCCAAAAGAAAACUAUCAUCGAUUGGUAUUCAGGUGGAUUGUGUUCAGCCGGUACUGAAAGAGGAACAAACUCCCACGACCAGGUUUCAGUCUAUCGGAGUUCAAGUUGAAGACGGCAGGCCACUCAGUCGCUUCACUAGCAUGGCGUCUAGACAGGAGACAACGGAGGCCGAAUCUCAGGAGCAGUCCGACGGUAAAACUGCUGCGAAUAAGAUGCCCAACCAAUGGCUGGACGGUGGCGUGCACAAACCCUCGAGAUCAGACAUGACUCACUGCAGUUCUGCCUCGCUGCAGGAAACACUAGACCCCGCACUGGAUCCGUCCUCGCUCCCCCCACCUGACCCCUCGCUGCAGGAUGGGACUGGGAGCGUGAAUGGAGCCUUGGAGCAGCCCGGGGCAGCGGCGUGCCUCAGAGAUGGACGCUGCUUCCAGAAGCUUCUUCAAGCAGAGACGGAACGCAUGAAGGCCUGGUGUCAACAGAUGGAGGAGGAGACCAAAGACAAACAGUUGUCAGAGGAGGUGUUGGGAACGAUCCGCAGUGCAGUCGGCAGCGCUCAACUCUUAAUGUCUCAGAAGUUCCGGCAGUUCCAGGGGCUUUGUGAGCAGAACCUGGAUGCAAACGCUCAGCCGCGGCCCACGGCGCAGGAUCUGGCGGGGUUCUGGGAUCUACUGCAGCUGACCAUCGAAGACAUCAGCAUGAAGUUUGACGAGCUCCACCUACUCAGGGCCAACGACUGGAAGAUGUCCGAGACGCAGGAGAAAAAGGAGAAGAAGCCAGCUUCUGCACACACACCAAAGAAGACGGUAAAGAUGAAAUCCACCAGCGGGAAGGAAAAAAGUGUCGACUCGACUGUGGCCGACAAGCAACGCCAGGAAGCCAGAAAACGCCUGAUGGCUGCCAAGCGAGCGGUCUCCGAACGACAAAACUCUGCCACGGAGAGCGCCGAAAGCAUCGAAAUCUACGUUCCAGAGGCCCAAACGCGACUUUAAGAAAACGACAAGCAAAAACUCGUUCACCCUAAUCCACCUCUCUAACGGGAAAUCCCUGUCUUGCACACACGGUCGGGCACUCGUAUUGAGGAUACUAGGGCUGGAUCUGAAGGUGUGGCGUGCAAAAAGGAGGCGUGGUAAACCACAAGCAAAAAAUAAUGAACAGAAAAAAAGAGCUAUUCAUUUUUGAACGCUACUGCGUCACCGCUGCCACAGAAGAACCUCCUGUUGACGUCUGUUUCUAUGGUUACCCUUGUUAUAAUUAUAAAUGUUAUAAAAGUGAAUUAUCUCAUGGAAUAUAUCAAGACUUUGUCUGUAAAUUGUGCCGAUAUCUCUGAAAGACGUUAUUUGCCGCGUCAGAUCUCUGACCCUUUAUACACAUCACAUGACCCGCAUCACAUAGAAAAAGACCCACCAAGCUCUCCAGGACGGCCUUUUUUUGCGCCCCUCGUACAGAAUGCACUCAGGACCUGCACGUGUGCACUUGUAUUUCAUCGACGCAGUCUUCCUGUUCUCACAAAUACACGUUUAUUUAACUUUUCGCUGUAUUCGUUCUUGGUUCGUCAAUCUUUGGCCGCAUGGAGCAGCUUCAGGGGGAGCAAGAACACGCAAGGCAUUUGAAUGGUGUCAUGAAUGUGAAAUUGAAGCAAUUUUAAGCGUCCAGUUUGUAGAAGCUUCUGGAACUCUUUGGGUAGAUGAUUUGAUGGUACAACAGAUACUUGAAAAUCAGUAAAAAUCAACGCAGGAUGUCGAGAGUAAAAUAGCACAGAUCCCAAACCAUCCCAAUCAGAAAGAGAGAAAAUUCCAGCAUUCCACUUAUUUUCGCUUUUAACGUUCACUUGUGUUUCGUUUUUAUUUUCUCGUUUUGUCACCAUAGUAAAAAUGUCGAUAAUGUUUCUAUAAAUUGUAGUUUUCACUCCAGUAAAAUUGAUUCAGAAACACGUUGAGUGAUUUAAAAAAAUUCAACAAAUUUUCCAAAUGCUGUUUUCUGUUGUCCAAUCAUUCCAUGUCUACUUUAGCACACGGUAUUCCCAAACUGUAUCCGGUGGAUGUGGAUCAGUUCAAGCAAUGACAGUAAAAUCGUGUCUUUUUGUGUGACUAAUUAAUUUGUGAUUUUCUUUCCAUUAUUAUGAUUUCUUUAUCAUAUAUUAAAAGCUUGCUGAUAUGAUUUGGAGAACUUUCAGGUACCAGAAAAACUGAUUUAAUUUAUUUUCUUUCCUCUUGUGCCUCAUUCAUGAAAUUCAAGCAAAAUGUUUUUCUGUGUGAACUGUUCGUGCUUUCAUUAAUUGCUGUAUUCAAUUCAGUGUGGCUCUUUAAGAAUGGUUUUACGAACAGUUUACCCAGAAAUUCAUUCUGUGAAUUUUUUGGUUUGCAUCGUCAACACACCCAAAAUCUUUUAUUUCCACCAAAAACAACCAGACAAGCUGUUGGUCACAUAUUUAAAGGCAAAGUGUGUCAUGUGUGAUAUUUCAAAAUAAGAUAUUGCUAAAGUAAUGAUUUGCUUCCAAACACUCCUACCACCUUUCCUUGGACUGCCAUUGGUCAUUAAACAUGUAGUCCCGCCCCCAAUCUCACGCCAUUGGUUGAGACUGAACUGGGAGUAUUGCUGCCCGUUUGUUUUCAUGCAAAUUACCAAUGAUCCUGAUUCGAAGAGUCAUCAAGGUCAAACCAAACUGUUUGCGAUGGAAGUGGACGUCAAGCUAGGGAAAGAAAACCAUUAUUUUGAGUUGGCAUCUCGUUAUUUCAGUUAUCUUGUUAUUUUGGUUUAAAGUACUAAACAAAAGAGAUACUACCUCCCUAGAUGCUCACUUGAUAAUUUGAGAUGUUAUGUCAUUGUUUUGAAAUGAAGUCAAUAUAAUGAGAUGCUCAGAAUAAUGACAGUAAUAAAUAAAGUGUGCUGUAUUUCGCCAAUGUAUUUCAUUGGCGGAAAUGGGCUUCCAUCAUUUUCCAAAGCCAAAAGAGUCCAUUUGAUUGGAGGAUGACAAGUUCCUGUUCAUGCCAUUUGGUUUAGGCAGAUUUUCUUUUUCAGUUUGUUUUGUACUCCCAAUCUCUGCUAUAAGCACCUGCUAAAUCAACGAAUCCCUAAAAUCUGAUUCGUUGAUGGGAAGGUUUUUCCUGGAACAUGUCCUACUUUGUCAUUUAAACACUAUGUGGAGUUAUGAUUAUUAUCAAUGUUCCAAUGUAGUUUUUGUAAGCAAUGCAAUGGAAAACAAAGGUUAAAAUAUAUAUGCUCUUGCAUUAAAGGGUUUCCAUUUUCAAUUGACUCAUGAACAUUGACAAACAAAAUAUCAUCUGGUAUGAUUCUUAUCUCUGUUUUGUCACGUUUGUACACUAGACUGUUUGUAGAAGUAGGUUAAGCUCAAUCGAAAGCAUUUGUGGCACGAUACCACAAAAGAUUAUUUUGACUCCUCCCUCAUUUAUUAAAGAAAAAGAAGCAAAAAUGUUGGUUCCAGUAAGGCACAGACAAUGGAAGUGGGGCCAGUCCAUAAACAUUAAAAUACACCGUUUAUAGCCACAAGGUAUAAACAUUACAUGUGGUAUCUUUGUUAUAAAUUUCAUCAUACCGCUGGAGAUCAAUUGAGGGCAUUGAAAGGUUAAACAUGAUCAGCUGAUUCUCGUCUCUUAAGAUAUCUCCAUUCUUGACCUCUACUUGACCUUUCAUGCAUUUCAAAGCAAAUCCUAAUAAUCAGCACAAAUUUCCGAACUCCGCAUGGCACCUACAGAGUCUUAAAGCGUUUGUAUUCUUGUGGAAGGACUGAGAAUUGACUUCAAUUGAAAAUCAACAGACUCAAGUGCAUCAAUCUUCAGUCUUAAUAGGGCUACACUGGACUGAACACACGGAGGAAACUUCUGCGAGACUUUCAAUGGACUCCUAGCCUGUCUUUGUACAUUUUUAUUUCAGUUUUUUACAGAUGACGUCUCCGAUAUUUUGAAGGGACUUUAAAACGGGGUGGCAUUGGAUGAAAUAACCGGAUACAAAUCAAAAGCAUUUGUCUCUUGUUUUGUAGGUAGCCUGUGAUAACCAAUGACGUGGUCUGAUGCUACAUUUGCAGACAAAUAUUACGUUUCCAAAUCGGAUCAAGCUUUGCAUCGAUGGCCGCGUGCACACAUUGACAACUGUAUGUUGAAGUCAUCAAGUUGUUAUUUGUGCUUUUGUUUGUCUUCUGCAUUUGCAGAGAAUCGCCAGGUUUAAUGGAAUAGUUCAUCCAGUUGUGAUCAAGAGGAACACAUGCAAUCAAAUCAGUCAUUUCAAUAUGCACACAGGCCCGACUCUCACUCUUACGUCUCCAGAGUCUAGAGAAAGAUAGAUUUAUUAUAGAUAUGGUUGAUGGUUCUUAUUUUUCGAAACUGACAUGUUUUAAAGUGAUAUAGAUAUACGAUGUUACUCUGUAGAUUGUAGGAUUGUUGUUGUGAAUAUUUCUUUUACAACAAAAAUAAAGUUUUAUUUAACAAGAUGAUAGCGGAACAAUGGGGUAAAUGUUUGUUCUUUGUGCACAGAUGGGAGGGACGUUGAAUUAAUGCACAUUGUUCUGAAUCAUAAAGGUUGGUGACGUAUUUUGGACUGUAAAAGGAAGACAAGCAUCUGUUAUCUGACAAACAUCAUACUUGUGCUUUAAAGUUUUUUUUCUUGUGGUACAGAAACACAAAGGCCAACAGGUUUAAGGUUCAUGGGGGGAUCUUACGAAGCCUGUUAAGAACAUGUGCAGGAUAUAUUUUUAAUAUUUCACCCAAUAAUUUAAAGAAAUGGUAUUUUGCAUAAAAUUACGUUAUUUUAGGGCUUUUAAGAUGUUUUGCGUUAACAUUAUUUUCAUCCCAUUCACCCAUUUUCAUGACUGUAAUGCAAAAAAAAUUCAAAUAAAUAAAUAUU